AAAACCUUCUCUUCUCUCCUCUGUUCACCACACUCCACAUUCCCACCACACACCCUCCUCUGCCUUCACAGCAAGAAAAAAAAAACAUACAAACAUGUCUCUCACAAUUCCCACAAACCUCUCCAAACCCACCACCUCCCUCAGGCCAAAACUCACCACCACCAAGCCAAAACCCACCAUCAUCUGCAGCAGCAGCAGCACCACCCCAAACCCAGAAAACUCCGAUGUGUCAUCACAACUGAAAGCCUUCUCCGCCGCACUAGCCCUCUCCUCAGUCCUCCUCUCCGCUCCACUCCCGGCCGUCGCCGAUAUCUCAGGCCUGACACCAUGCAAGGAGUCAAAGCAGUUCGCCAAGCGCGAGAAGCAGUCAAUCAAGAAGCUGGAAUCCUCUCUGAAGCUCUACGCUCCAGACAGCGCGCCGGCGCUGGCGAUCAAGGCUUCAGUGGAGAAGACGAAGAGGAGGUUCGACAACUACGCCAAGCAGGGUCUUCUCUGCGGAGCAGAUGGGUUGCCGCAUUUGAUUGUGAGUGGUGACCAGAGGCACUGGGGUGAGUUCAUCACUCCCGGGGUUUUGUUCCUGUACAUCGCCGGUUGGAUCGGGUGGGUUGGUCGGAGCUACUUGAUUGCGAUCCGUGAUGAGAAGAAACCGACCCAGAAGGAGAUUAUCAUCGAUGUUCCACUUGCUUCCAGUUUGGUGUUUAGAGGAUUCAGCUGGCCUAUUGCUGCUUACAGAGAGUUCUUGAAUGGUGAACUUGUUGCUAAGGAUGUCUGAAUUUCGAUUCCAACAAGACAGGGGAAGAUGGAUGUGUGGUGAAAAUUGAUGGUGGAAGAGGGAGAGAAGAAGAGGGUGCUCUGCUUUCUUGUAAAACAAGGGAAGUUGUUGGUGUUGGAUGAUAUUUAUGGUGUCAUUUUGUAAAUUUGGAUUCAACAUUUGUGUCUAAUGAUGUAAUGCAUGUGAAUCACAAUCAAACUGAUCUGAGUUUUUUUUUC